AUGAUCGUGACCCUGGACUCCGCCAGGCCACCUACACCCCUCAUCCUGCCUCUCACUCUGCUAGGCUACACCUGCUUGUUUUCCAACCUGGCCUGCACAAGCCCUGUUGGAGCGCCAUGCUACAUUGAGUCAUUCAGACCAGUGUUUUCUGGAACUUCAAUUACUGCAACCUCGCCAGGGCAGGCAACUCUGUCAUUUGCAUCGAAGUCGUCAUUUGUUUUUGUUAACUCCGAUUCGGAUGAAGGCGCUCAAAUCAACAAUAUCAUCGUGAUCACCAACUCUGUUGGUCCUUUGAUCAUAAGACCUCCGGUCAAUCAUCCGAACGUCACUAUUGUUUGGGCUAACUUUGGCGACAACGGAGCUGGUAAUGCCAAUGCACUGAACAACUCAAGUGCAUCAACUGAAUCCAUACCACCACUGUCGAAAUCUACAACAAGACCCAGUAAACCCACACUCUCCGGGACUGGCAACAAACUAUCAACCAAUCCCGCUACCAGCAAACCAUCCUCCUUGCCCUGUCCCAAACAUCCUUUAUGGCACCUGGAGCCCAUCGGGUGCACCAUUGCAAAGAACCCUAAAACCAGUGGAAAGAACUGGGUUAUGGAUCGGACUUUGGAAAAAGCAACCAAGCAAGCGAAAAUCCUCACAAAUGGGGAGAACUUUACACUCAAGCAAGAUGAAGAUGUCCUCGAUACUUGGUUCUCCUCUGGGCUGUGGCCCUUCUCAAUCCUGGGAUGGCCAGAAAAGGCACGGUAUUUUGUACCUAGUAAACUGACUGUAUUAAUCGUCCACCAACAGACUAUCAACCUCUCUCAGUAUUACCCUGCCAGUAUCCUUGAAACAGGUUGGGACAUCCUUUCCUUCUGGGUGGUGCGUAUGGUUCUCAUGGGCAUCUAUCUUACGUGGACAGAUGCCAUUUUCUGA